AUGUCAGGUAGCCAAAGACGACUUUCAUUGCUUGCAAACCACUUGAACAGUAGCCGCGGCAUGACCACCAAUGCAGCUGCCACUACCGCCUCAACAAAACAACCGUUGAAAGAAACAUUUCGUAACCGACAAGAUUACAAACACUAUUUGCCCAUUCAGACGAGAUUCAGUGAUUGCGACAUGUAUGCUCAUAUUAACAACAGUGUCUAUUAUCACUACUUUGAUACCGUCAUCAAUGAGUACUUGAUCAAGAAAUGUGGUUUAGAUACAAGCAGCGACAACAAGACCAAACCCAUUGGAUUGGUGGUGGCCAGCCAAGCCAACUUUUAUGCUUCAGCCUCUUACCCCAGUAUGAUUCAUGCUGGCCUAAGCAUUUCCAAGAUUGGAAAAUCCAGCGUUACGUAUCGCGUGGGCAUCUUUGAGCAGGAGAAUCCAAUGGCUUGUGUAGUAGGUGGUUUCACCCAUGUUUUUGUAGAUCCUGUUACUAGAAGACCUGUGAAGGAGUUACCGAAGGAUUUCUUGGAGGGGUUUAAGGAAUUGCUAGUAUAG